AUGCUGGCAGAGAAGGAAAACGACGCCGUUUUGAGUGAAUAUCCAGAUAGACAUGAUUCGGCGUCGUUUUGUGGGCAGCGUGGAUUCAAAACGUUACAGAGUGGAUUCACCCUCUUCCAUAACAAGUAUCUCCAUGUUUGGCUCCAAAAUGUUUCAUCUCCCUCAAGCCAUGCCCUAACCCCUUCACCUUGCAUUCGAACAUCGCCAUCCACGUUUCUCGUUAUGGAAGAUCCUCCGAUGAUCUUUGUGUUUCACCAUGGGGGAUUGUUUAAGAAGAAUGCGGAAGGAGAUAUGGUAUACAAACCUGAUAAUACAGAGGUGUUGAUGGGGGUUGAAGGAGACAUGCUUGACAUCUUCUUUCCUUGUAUAGUAGACCAGAUUGAGGAGGAAGUAGUGAAUGUGGAAGCAGAAAGGUUGAAACAGGGAAAGUAUUUCGAAGCUAAGAAGUGCAGUUCCCAACCUGUGAAGAAACCCACAACAAUUGAUCCUCAGUCCAACAAACAAACCUCUCACCCCAACAGAACAAUCUCACAGCCCAAGUCACAGCCCAAUCCAACAAUGAAGCCCAUAUCUGAGCCCAAUCAACCAAAGGUGAAGCCCAUGUCUCAGCCCAAUAAAGCAGCCCACCAGCCCAAGAAGACAACAUCUCAGCCCAAGAAGACAACUGCUCAGCCCAUGAAGCCUGUUCCUCAGGCCAAGAAGACCAGUUAUCAGGCCAAAUCAGUCCCACCUCAACCAAAUUCAUCAUCAGCCAAUAACUUACAAGGGGCAAAGGACAAACAAAAUAGCAGUAGCUGUAGAGUCACAAGAUCUGGAAGACAAGUGAAGGAAGCUCCCCUCCAGGAAGAUGACACUAACUCUCAUGACUCUUAUGAGAGUACUGAAGAUGAACUAUAUAGGCCUCCAAAAGUUGUAGGAGACAACCUCUAUAGCAGUGACAGUGACAGUGACUCUGGGAAGGGAAAAAGAAGUGGAGAAAGGGACAGCAAUUCUGAAGUCAGAGAGAAGCAGAAGCCCUCUAAGAAGAGAUUAGCUGAUAAAGAGAUAGACACUGAUGAUUCCAACUAUGAGGGGUCUGAAGAUGAAGAAAGUUCUGAGUCUGAUUUAGAUGAUAGUGAUACUGCCUCAGAUGCUGACUCCUGGCAUUCAGAGAAUUCUGAUAAGGUGUUGGAGUCUGAUGAAGAAUCACUAGCUGUAUAA